AUGAGUGUGGAGAAUUCCAUUGAAACCGACAUAUCAGAAAAUGCAAACUUUGCAUUCGAAGGCUACUUCGGGAACAAGGUGAUUGAAGAUGUGAACAGUUUCGCAGAUUUUUGGUCAUGGACGCGGUUGGGGCUUCUUCCGCUGGUCUUCCCAGAGAUGCCCUACUUCUACUCAGAGGGCCUGGCAGAUGUAGUCCCCGAGGGGUACGAUGUCAAUGCUCUUCCUCAGCGGUGGCUUUAUCCCGGAUACCAGAAGCCGGCUCCAGUACAAAAUGAUUAUUUGAGGUACAACAGAAUCAUUGGAGGGCUGCGUUUCCGACAAGAGGUCUCCACGGACGACAAGGCAACCUGUACACACUUUGGUGCUGAAGAGACUUUCAGGAGAUGGGUGGGCAAACCGUGUACGCACUUCACCGAGUAUGAGCUGCCGCCGGAUCUCAUGGCAACAGAAGCCUUCAGCAGCGCACCCCAGCGUGUGGAGUGGUUUCUGCCAGAGGUUGAAGGCAACUCGGCUCUGAUCCAACAUGUGAUCGACAUGGAGGACGGGUGCUUUUCUGCCAGGGCGCAGAACCGGACGUGCUUGUGUCAGUGGUGCGACGCGCAGGUGAACUCACACCCCUGGCUGGAUGAGCAGACACAGCGGGUUGAGGUCGCCUUCAUCACGUACAACGCGCACUACGGUCUUUACAACCUGGCGACCGCAAACUUUUGGUUCUCCAGAGGUGGCAACAUCUUCAAAUUGGUCUUCGUUCGAUCGUCCUGGGCCGGGCUUGAGGUCCGGGAGCCAGGGGUCUUGGCUCUCAUCGCUAUCUCCGGAUUGCUGUGGGUCCUCGGCUGCCUGUACCUGGCAAAGGUCGAGCUUUUGGAGAUGGCGACGAUGAUUCAGCGGUCCAACAAGAUUUGGUACUAUACCUUAGCUCAGGACUAUCUCGGAUUCUGGAAUUGUGUAGACUGGCUUGCCAUCAUCAUGACCACAGUGAUCUCCAUCAGCUUCGGAGUGCUGCACAUCUUCAUUGGGGACGUCAAUGGCAAGCUGGGUGCCAUUGUGACGCAGGUGGACAGCAGUGGCUAUCCCCCGCUGGAAACAUACCGCGAGGUGGUCUCGGAAUUUGCGGAUGCUGUUGUCGCGAUGCUUGAUGCGGAACGCAACUUGAGGCUUUGGCUAUGCAUUUACCCUGUAGUUCUUUUGAUGCGCCUCUUCAAGUCUUUCGCAGCUCAGAAGCGUCUGGCAAUUGUCACAGACACCUUCAGAAUGGCAUACAACGACCUGAUGCAUUUUUUCAUUGUCUUCGCGUCCGUGUACUUCUGCAUGACUGUCAAUGCGGUGAUCUUCUUUGGUCAGGACAUCCUGGACUUUGCCACCAUUGACCGAGCACUUCAUGCGUGUUUUCGCGCCAUGCUGGGCGAUUGGGACUGGGAUGCGAUGGGGAAGAUCGGAAUCCACAAGGCAUUUGCCUGGUUUUUCUUCUUCAUGGUUGUGAUGGUGAUGAUUCUGAUGAACAUGCUGGUUGCGAUUCUGAUGGAGGCAUAUGGAGUAGUGAAAGACGAUGCCAAGAAUGCGGACUCUCUCCUGCAGCAGACCAAAAAUCUCCUCCGCCGUGCCCGACAGAACAAGCGCAAAGAGCGAGUGAACCUUACCACUAUUUGGGAUGCACUGCGCAAGGACCACAAUGAUGACGAAGACGCGCUGUUGAGUAGUGAACGGAAGAUCACUCCGAGGUACCUGCGAGACAUCGUAGAAGGCAUCCCGGCUUCGCAAGCCCUCCGCACCCUGAAGAACUCUCAGACCGACUACGACAAGAAGGUGGAUCCAGCCUUUGAGCUUCAAGACUUCAAGGUCGGCCUGACAAGUAUGGUGACUCGCCUCGACUACUCGGCGCUGUGUGCCACCUACUUGAGCGAGAAGAUCCGACAAUAUCAGGAUCUCGCCAAAGCUGAGGGCCGCGACACUGGUGGAUUUGAGAAAGCCCUGACCACGCUAAGUCUUCCGCUAGGCGACUUUGAGGGCGCACCAACGGAUGUCGAGACGUACGAGAACAGUGCGGAGCAGGCGCUGGAGAAGGUCAAGGCCCUCGCUCGGGAUCAUUCCACUGAGAUGGCCGACGGAAUUGCUGCAAUCCUGGGGGAGGAGAUGCAGGAGCUCGAGAAGAGGCAGCACACGCAGCGCAAGGCCAUCAACACCACUUGUGAGCAGUUGCAGAGACUGCGGGACAUGGUCCAUCACCUCAGCAGCACUUGUGCCGACAUCUCCAACCUCACUACACAGCUGGGCCAGCCAACGGCGUCUGCACUGCGCGGAGCAGAAGUGGUACCUCCGAGAGUGAUCAUGGAUGGGACGUCAUAG